AUGGACGCGCUGGCCGCCGCCCUGGUGCUCGCCGCGCUGCUCGCCGCGGCCGACGGCGCCAAGCUCCCGGCCUACUUUGGCAAGCCGUGCUCGCGGUCGCUGCCGGAGCCUGCCAUGAGCGAAUGCGCGCAGAGUGCGGCCAACGCGGGGAUCCCCGCACUUACCAACGGCGACAAGAAGCUCAAGAUCCCUAACAUGAACCCGCUCGUGGUGCCGCGAGUGUCGCUGGCGCAGGGCUCGGGGCAGAUCAACCUCAACCUGACGUGGGCCCCCUUGGAGAUCUACGGGCUGCGGGACGCCAAGAUCAGCAACAUGAAGCUGAGCUGGAAGGAGAAGACCAACAGCUUCGACCUGACGUUCCCGACGUUCGUCAUGGCGGGGCCCUACAAGGCGGCCGGCAGGAUCCUGCUGCUGCCCAUGACGGGCAGCGGGCCCUCCAACUUCACCUUCCAAAAUCUCAAGCUGCACUACUCGUUUGACUGGCCUCUGAGGAAGGGCGCGGACGGCAAGGAGUACUCCACGCUCGUCAACUCCAAGAUUCGCAUCACCGACGCCGACGGACUCAAGUGCGAGCUGAAUGGACUCUUCAACGGGGACCGUCGUCUGGGAGACCAACUGAACAAGUUCCUGAACGACAACUGGCGCGACGUCCUGAGGGAGCUGGGCCCCAGCAUGGUGGAGGCAGCGCGCGAGGUGGUGGAGGCCGUCAUCAAGAACCUCAUCAACGCGGUGCCCGUCAGCGACCUCUUCGCGCCGUGAACACGUUUACGGCGUACAGUGGGCCAGGAGACCGGACGCGUUUUGAGCUCCGGAGUCGCUUAAUGGAACUCGACCUGAACGUGUGACCCCACCAAUGGAUUGCUUUUCGAACGAGCAAUCCAUUGGUGGAGUCACACGCUCGGAUCGAGUCCUGUUCAGCGGACUCUGAAGCUAGAAACGCGUCUAUAGAAUUGUGACUGCUUCACCACGGUCGUCUGCCCCCACUGUGACGUGUACCCGACGACGACUCUCAGAAGUACAUGGAUUACGUGAUGAACGUAAUUCACACGUUCCUAGCCCGUAAAGAAAUCGUUACCCACCUCAUAUUCAUUCGUGCAUAGCGAAGCUGACAUUUCGACAUAGCUAGUCAUAGUACUGUACAUGUGUAAGAGAAUGGAUUAUAUUUGUCAAUAAAAAAAAUUAUAAGUGAUAACAUUCUGUUGUUAAAA